UAUGCCUGCUGGCUUUGGGACGUGCAGUGCUCCUUGCUGUCUUCUAUUGUUUGCAAGAGAACCUGUUUUUCAGCACGAACUGCAAGCACUCAGCCAGAGGUGUGCUUAUUGAAACAAGAUACCCAGCCUUUAUUGGCUUGAACUGGAUUCAAAUUGGAAUAUAUCCAAGGAGAGUGAAAUAGGUGACUUCCUGUUUUCUACACUGGAAUAAGUAAGGAUCAUGACCUCACAUGAAACUGGUCACCCAUCUACAGGGUAGGAGACAGUCCCUAAAACAUGUACCAGCAAUAGUUGCCAUCCUGACUUCUCCGACCCUGAUGGCUCCACAAAACCAGCACUCCUCCAUCACUAGAAUUUUGGUCACGGCGCAGCCAUCAAAUCCCAUACAAGAAGGAGGGAACGUCACUUUAAUCCCAGGAAUGAGCUCAACACAUUUUUCAAGAUGCAUCUGGUACCGAGAAAGGGCCGGGAAUGCAAAGGAAAUGAUCAUAGCCCAUGAAAAAGGCCCAUUUGCAUUGUUUUUAACUGGAGAUGCAUUCACAGGGAGGGUGACCAUGGUCGCAGGCUGCUCCAUUUACAUCGAAUCUUUAGCACAAGCGGAUACUGGCAUGUAUACAAUCGACCUGGACGAAGCUGGGGAGUUUUUGGCAACAGGCCAUGUGAAAAUAGAGGUGGUAGGUCAUGCUUCUUCUGACUGGAGCGCUCCCCCCAGGCAAAACGAAGACAUCGUGACAAUUGUGGUUGGUGCCUUCUGUGCGGUAAUAGUAGUUGGCAUUGGAAUCGUGCUUUUCUUCUGGAUCUGUUUUAGACGUCUGAAGAACAGGAGACCUACCGGUGUGGUCAUCACACCAUCCGCGCCUCCACCUCGACCUCCAACUCCACCUCCAUCUUAUGAAAAUAUUUUCCCUUUGGGACAGGUCAGUCCUACAUCUCCCCCUGCAAACACAGGUGAGAUCGGUGGAAUAAUGCAUCCCUCUCUCCCAAAGGAUAACUGACCCAGCAGAAGCCAAGGAAAAGACUGAAGUCAAAUUAUAUGUUACAGCUAACAUGUCCUCAGAAGGCAAGUUGUCUCACAUGCAGAAGUCUGAUUGUCACAGUAGAGGAUUUCCAAUGCAACACUAUCAUUUGCCUAAUAUCUAUUAUUUGGCUGGCAUUGCUCGUCCAGAAUUACAUAAAGAGGUGCUGGAAAAUAAUGAAUAAAAUAAGGUAAUACAGCUCCGAAACCAUCCAGUUCAUAGACACCAGGCUACCCACCCCCUGACAAUGGUUAAAGUCAAGGGAAUGUUUUCUGUGCACAUCUCAAGCUCUAGAUGUUAGAAGAAGCUAUUCCAAACCUAUGGAGUACAUAACACACCUGGCCAAAUGGAUGGAUGCAGAAGACUACCUCCCUCUGGGACAAGAUUGUGGUUGGGCCAUCUGGAAGUCUGGGGCUCCCUGGAUACAGGACAAAUUUUCUGGGACUGUGGCAAAAUUCAGUCAAUGCACUACUUAAAGGCAAAUGUUCCCCUUGACAUUUAGUCCAAUCGUGUCCGACACUAGGGGGCGGUGCUCAUCCCUGUU